CACAUAUACACCUCCCUCUCUCUCUCUAUCCUUUCUUCUAUCAUGGCUGCUAAUCAAGUGAAUCGUUGUGUUGUUCUAAACAAACCUCUUGACAUUGUUUUUGAAAACCGUCCAGUACCUGAAAUUGGUCAUGGAGAUGUUUUGGUGAAUAUCAAGGCCACUGGUAUUUGUGGUAGUGAUGUCCAUUACUGGCUUAGUGGUGGUGUUGGUACUUUUAUUGUAAAGAAACCUAUGGUUCUAGGUCAUGAAUCUGCUGGUGUGAUUGCUGCUGUUGGUCCUGGCGUGACUCAUCUCAAAGUAGGUGACCGUGUUGCUUUGGAACCCGGUAUUGCUUGUCGUAUGUGUGAACAAUGUAAACAAGGUCGUUAUAAUUUAUGUCCUGAAAUGGAAUUUGCCGCUACUCCUCCUUUUGAUGGUACUCUUUGUAAUUAUUACCGUCAUGCUGCCGACUUUUGUUACAAAUUACCUGAUCAUGUUUCAUUGGAAGAAGGUGCCUUGAUUGAACCUCUUUCAGUGGGUAUUCAUGCUUGUCGACGUGCCAAUGUACGUUCUGGUCAUCGUGUAUUUAUCUUUGGUGCUGGACCUGUUGGACUUUUAUGUGCUGCUGCUGCCAAAGCUGCUGGUGCUGCUCAUAUUACCAUUGCAGAUAUCACUGCUUCUCGUCUCGACUUUGCAAAAACAUAUUGUACAGAUUCUCAAGUCUUAUUAGAACGUCCUCAACAAGGUGAACCCAAUAUUGAAUAUUCUCGUCGUACUGCUGCAAAGAUAUUGGAAACUGAAGAGUUAAGUGAUGUGGUGAUUGAUUGUUCUGGUGCUGAAACUUGUGUGCAAACCUCUAUCUUGUUGACCAAGAAUGGUGGAAGUGUAGUUCUAGUUGGUAUGGGUGCUCAAGUCCAAAGUAUUCCUAUCUCUGAAAUCUCUUCUAGAGAAGUGGAUAUUAAAGGUAUUUUCCGCUAUUGUAACACCUACCCUAUGGCGGUCAAGAUGCUUGCUUCAGGAGCCAUUGAUGUCAAACCCCUGAUUACUCAUUCUUAUCCUUUGGAAGAUGCUGUCAAGGCCUUUGAACAUGCUCGGGACGGAAGGGAUAAUGCCAUCAAGAUCCAAAUCCUUGGUUGAACCCGAAACGCCUUUUGAUUUUAGUAGUAGAGUUUAUUUAUGGUUAGUUUAGUUGCUUUGUUUUGUUGAUUGUAGUAUAGUAGGAAGUUUUUAUUAUUAUUGUGUGUGUGUAGUCAUCAUUGUCAAUAUAAAAAUAAAGAAGAAGAAAAAAUAUGUGUAUUUAUCAAUA